AUGGAGGCAGCAGGAGCAUUGGCGAGCUUGGCACCGUCACCUAUCACCGUGCUAGGACUGAUACCACUCCUGGCACUCGGCAUCACGUACUUCAGAUACCAGCAAUACGACCCAGAGUCAUAUAUAACGGAUAUGAAUACUAUAAUGCCGAUUUACGACUUCGUGGUAGUCGGGGGAGGUUCAGCCGGCGCAGUCGUCGCGUCGCGCCUCUCCGAGAUCGGCAACUGGAGCGUACUGUUACUUGAAGCUGGCCAGGACGAAAACGAGAUCUCUGACAUCCCAGCCCUAGCCGGGUACACGCAAUUGUCUGAAAUGGAUUGGAAGUUCCAAACGACACCAUCCAAAAAUCUUUCCUACUGUCUCGCAAUGAAUGGCGACCGGUGCAAUUGGCCCAGAGGCAAAGUACUCGGCGGUUGCAGCGUACUCAACGCGAUGGUGUAUGUGAGAGGCAAUAGAAACGAUUACGACCUGUGGGAAGCGCUCGGUAAUCCCGGCUGGUCUUAUGAUCAAGUGUUACCAUACUUUUUGAAGUCCGAAGACAAUCGCAAUCCGUAUUUGGUGAACACGCCGUACCACUCUGAAGGCGGGUAUCUGACUGUCCAAGAAGCCCCGUGGCGAACACCGUUAUCUGUUACUUUUUUAAAAGGAGGCAUGGAACUGGGUUAUGAUUUUCGCGAUAUAAACGGCGCGAAACAAACGGGUUUUAUGCUGACGCAGGCGACGAUGCGGCGGGGAAGUAGGUGCAGUACGGCAAAAGCUUUUCUCAGACCAGUUCGAAACAGAGACAAUUUACACAUCGCUCUAGGGUCUCAAGUCACACGAAUAUUAAUUAAUAAUGUUAAAAAACAAGCUUACGGCGUUGAGUUUUAUCGAAACGGUGAGAAACAUAAAGUGAGGAUUAAGAGAGAAGUUAUAAUGUCGGCGGGGACGUUGGCCACUCCGCAGAUCAUGAUGUUAAGUGGAAUCGGUCCUGCAAACCAUUUGCGAGAACAUAAAAUACCGUUAGUCGCCAAUCUCAAAGUCGGACACAAUUUACAAGAUCACGUUGGAUUAGGUGGAUUAACAUUUGUCGUAAACAAGCCUAUUACAUUUAAAAAGGACCGUUUCCAGUCAUUUUCAGUAGCAAUGGACUACAUUCUGCACGAGAAAGGUCCGAUGACGACACAAGGCGUUGAAGGUUUGGCUUUCGUCAAUACAAAAUACGCCCCGCCCUCAGGACUAUGGCCGGACAUACAGUUUCAUUUCGCGCCGAGCUCUGUGAAUUCAGAUGGAGGAGAACAAAUACGAAAAAUAUUAAAUCUACGCGAUCGUGUGUACAACACCGUUUAUAAGCCCAUUGAGCACGCAGAGACUUGGACAAUACUACCAUUACUCCUUCGGCCGAAAAGCUCCGGUUGGGUAAAACUAAAAAGCAGAAAUCCAUUUCAACCACCAUCCAUAGAGCCUAAUUAUUUCGCAUACAAAGAAGAUAUAAAAGUGCUAACGGAGGGUAUACGAAUUGCUUUUGCUUUAUCAAACACAACGGCUUUCCAGAGAUAUGGAUCUAGACCGCAUAACAUUCCACUGCCAGGAUGCCAACAGCACGAGCUGUUCAGUGACGAAUACUGGGAAUGUAGUCUUAAGCAUUUCACGUUUACAAUAUAUCACCCGACUGGGACCUGUAAAAUGGGUCCUAAUCAUGACCAAGAUGCUGUGGUUGAUCCUAGAUUACGGGUCCACGGAAUAGCGAAUCUCCGAGUAGUGGAUGCUAGUGUAAUGCCAACCAUCAUCAGCGGGAAUCCAAAUGCUCCCGUAAUCAUGAUAGCAGAGAAAGCUUCUGAUAUGAUAAAAGAAGACUGGCAGGUGUUAUGACAGUGUUUAGUGUGCUUAUUAGUCAUUGGAUGCUAAAGAACUAUUUAUGUUACAAGAUACUUUUAGUUGUUUAUUUUUUAAAACAAUUAUCAAUAAGUAUGUACAUAAUAUUAUUACAUUCAAAAUUGUUAAUAAAGCAAGGAAUAUAUUGUAUGAA